CAUAUGGUUUUAGACUCUAAACUUCAUAAGCCAUUUUGUGCAUUGUUGAAGCAGCUGUGCAAAAAUAUUACUUAUCAUUUCGUUCCUGAAAUUUCAAAACUUGGCUGAUUGCUGUUUUCGGAUAUACGCAUCUCUGAUGCACACCUGCGAUCAUCGAAGGAAACCUCGAUUUUAUCAUUGUUACAUACGUAAUCAAGAAUCACCCACAAAUUUUGUGAAACAAAGAACUUUUCAAUAUCUUUUAUUAACCUUGGCCUGGUCGUCAUAAUAAUUAUGAUCGAGAAAGAAUCAAGGAAAUAUGCGUGAAAUAAAAGACACCGUAUAAAAGCGUACACUCAAAGCGAACUGAAGGCUUUUGUGCAGUAAAAUUCUACCGAUGGUUCUGGCAUACCUUACAUUUACGCAUUAGAUUAAACAACAAUGUAAGAAGUAUAGCGAUUUGCAUUUGCCUUCCGUUGGUCCGUUAAAUUGAAAACUGUGUUGAACCUGUGUAUUAUUGUGUGCACAUUAUUUUGAAAAAUUAAACUUACCAUCAUGGUUAAUGAACCACCGACUUAUAGCCAACCAUGUGUUAGCACAUGGAUGGAGAAAAUGAGUAAAGGAAUACUGUCAGGUACUCACUUUAAAGAACACUGGAGGAACUGGGUUCCAAAAAUCUAUAGCCCGAAACCAAACAGCGAUUGUUUGGAUUGGAGUUUUGACGAAGAAACAGCACAGAAAGUAUUAUACUAUACGCUAGAAGAAUUCAUUUGCAAUGGAGACCCACAAAUUGCUUUGAAGCAGCUAAGUCAAACAGAUAACAAUAUAUGCGGUAAAGUAUUCAAGAUGGGAGAGCCUACAUACAGUUGUAGAGAAUGCUGUAUGGAUCUGACUUGUGUUUUGUGCGUGGAUUGUUUCAAACAAUCGGCUCAUCGUAAUCAUAAAUACAAAAUGGGCACAUCGAGUGGCGGAGGAUGUUGUGACUGUGGCGACACAGAAGCUUGGAAGAGCGAACCAUUUUGUAAUAUACAUUUAGCUGGAAAUCAAGCUAAAGAAUCUUGUGGAAACAAAUUGCCCGGCGAUGUUGCAGAAAGAGCGGUUGUAACUUUCGAAGCGGUUCUGAGAUACUGCUAUGAAAUGUUAUCAUUAGAGCACACAAGCGUACCUCCUGAAUUACAAAUCAAAGAGAAUGAAGAAGAUCCUUUGUCGCUUUCAUCUUCUUUGGAUUCUUAUUGUACAGUUCUAUUUAAUAAUGAAACACAUACAUUUGAUCAGGUAAUCACUACACUUCAACGUGUUAUGAAAUGCCCACAAAAAGAUGCGGUAGAAUUUGUAACAAAUGUCGAUAGAGAAGGUAGAGCUGUUGUGAAGUGUUCUAGGUUUAAAGUUUGUGAGGAUUUAAAGUUUGAUAUUGAAAAAUUUACUCAAAGGCAUAGCAGCAGAGCAUUAAAAGUUCUUGUAGUUCAUGCUCACGUAAUUGCUCAUCAAACAUUUGCUAUGAAACUUUUAAAUUGGUUGCAACAAUUUAUAAGUCUCUGUGAAGGUUUCAGAGUGCUUUUUAGUAAUGUUGCACUAAAUACAAAAUUACCAGAUAUUUCUGUUGUAGAAGGUAUGCUUAUGAGAGAUUCAGAGCUGUGGAAAUCUGCUAGAACAGCCUGGCACAGAUUAUUUAUGUCUGGAAUGCUUAUGCAGUACGAAAGCAAGAAAGCUUUAGCAAUUGUCUUCACUAAUAAUUAUGGAUGCGUUAUGCAGGAUUUCAUCAGAGAUGAUCAUGAUCAUCCAUUUUCUAUUGUUUCGCUUUCAGUGCAAUUAUUUACUGUUCCAACGCUGGCGCAUUACCUUAUUGCACAUCAUAAUGUGUUAUUUAUCUUGUUGAAUACAUUUAUUUCUGAAAGCUCCCGAAAAUGUAACGAAGCAGGAAAGUUGGAAUUUGAAAGAGAUCCUCCGCAUUCUUCGUUCAGAAGAGCUCAACAAAUCCUUCAUGAUUUACGAUACUUACUAAGUACUAAACCAACUGUUUGGACAUACGAAUUGAGGGAAGGAUUCUUACAAGGACUUUCGCUCUUACUGACUUUACUUUGUAGUAUGCAAUGCAUGGAUGCAGUGGUCAGGCAAGUUGGUCAACACGUGGAAUAUGAACCAGAGUGGGAAUCUGCUUUUAAUUUACAUGUCAGACUAUCUCCAGUUAUGACACUUGCUCUACAAUGGUGUGGUUCAGAUCGAUUUGUCCUAAUAAAAGCUUUCAGAAUGGUUUUGAGAAGAUUAAGCAAACAAGCCGGGCUUGAGUAUCGUCCAACGCAAGUGAGAGAAUUAGCAGAUCACAGUGCGACUUGUAUUCAAUAUGAUGUCUCAUCUGAACCGGUGUCUAUACACCUUCCUCUAUCCAGAUUUUUAGCUGGUCUUUUCCUGUACCUCGAACAGCAUAAUCUACACUUUCAAUGCGAUGAUUUUAUUAAUCAAGCAAAACCAACACCGGAAGAAAUUAUUGAACCUGUGUUGGCUGCUCAAGUAAUGAUUUCGCAGGCACAUGCUGGUAUGUGGAGAAGAAAUGGAUAUUCUUUAGUAAAUCAAUUGUACUUCUAUCACAAUGUAAAAUGUCGCUCAGAAAUGUUAGACACAGACAUUAUUUUACUUCAAGCUGGAGCAUCAUUGAUAGAGAGCAAUGAGUUUUUAAUUCACGUUCUAAACAAAUAUGAUCUAUUGUAUUGGGCAAAUCCAGAUUUUAGCCAUGCCACAUUAGAUCAAGAUGAAUUAAGUUUAAUCGAAGAAUUUCUGGGACUUCUCAUAACAAUAAUUGGAGAAAGAUAUGUACCCGGAGUUGGACAAGUCACCGCUGAUGAUCGCUUGAAGAAAGAUAUAAUACAACAAUUGUGUAUUAAACCACUUUCUCAUUCAGAGCUUAGUAAGGCAUUGCCAGAUGAUCCAAACGUAGAAAUGGGAAUGGAACAAGUAAUCCAUGAAGUUGCAGAUUUCAAAAAACCUUCUCAAGCAUCGGGAGGAAAAGGAGUAUAUCAGUUGAAACCAGAAUUUUACUCGGAAUAUAAUAUUUUUUUCUACCAUUAUACAAAGGAAGAAUUAAGCAAAUCUGAAGAAGUACAGCGAAAACGAAGGAAAGCUCUUGGAGAAUUAGAAUGUUGUCCACCUCCGAAGCUUCCUAGAUUGACAGAACUGUUUAGUUUAGUAACUAAUUUACUGCAAUGCGACGUUAUGUUACAUAUUAUGAAAACUGUACUGGAUAGAACACUUAAUUGUGAACUGUUCUUUUUCUCAGAGCCGCUAGUGCAAAAAGUUUUACAUCUUAUUGGUUAUGCUCUUCAAGAACAAGAGUCGGGUUACUAUCCUUUUCUCACAUUUACUGCCAGGGCUGCGAAAUGGAAUAUCUUUAAAUUAUUAGAAGAUCUCUACAUCAGCCCGAGCAUAGAAACACACAAAGAUUUAUUGAUGUGGGUCUUAUUAAAAUACAGAGAAGUCGCUGGUAAUACUGUAGAGGAUAGUAAUACACCGAUCGUAGUUCAAACAGGACCUACGAGCUAUGCUAAAAGUAAUACAAAUGACAAAGAAUGGAGAACAAAAAUGGCAGCUCAGAAACGUGCAAAAAUAAUGGCACAGAUGGCUGCUAUGCAGAAACAUUUUAUGAAGAAAAACGCUGAGUUGUUCGAGGAAGCUGAUAUAGAUGCUAAUAAGUCUAAUGAUCGAGGUUCGACUAUAGACCUGAAUGAAUGUUUCCAAAAAACACCUAUCGCUGUUGGUAUAGAACAAACAGCAAGAAUGUGCGAAGAGAAAACUUACACUUGCAUCUUAUGCCAGGAAAAUCAAACCGUAACCGCAUCUGGUCCAGCAAUGGUACUGGCUGCGUGUGUACAACAGUCUACAGUGUUAUGUCAAUACAGAGGCACAUCACCUAACGAACCUAAUCCAUUGUACCUUUCCUCAAAAUUAGGUGCAUCACCACAUACUGGCACGUGUGGUCACGUAAUGCAUGUAAAUUGUUGGCAGAAGUACUUUAACAAUGUUCUUGCUAAAGAGAAUAGAAGACCGUUCCGUUUACGGCAGCCUGCAAGCUUCGAUGUGGAGAAACAUGAAUAUCUUUGUCCACUUUGCGAGUGUCUUAGUAAUACUGUUUUACCACUCCUACCACCGUUGGGAAUAUUACAACCGACACCUCAAAAUCAGCCGCAGCUUGACUUUAGCACAUGGGUGGACGGUGAAUUGUACACUGAAUCUCAAGAUAAUCAGACUAUGGAAGAAGAUAGUUCUUUGGAGCAAGGAUCAAAUCUUAGUUCUGUAAAUCCUUCUAAUAUGCUUGGUGAUCCGGUAGUCGGAACUUUAACAUCAACUUAUGGUCAUCCUGGACCAAUUAUUUCUGAAAAUCUGGUAUCGAUGAUACAUCUUUUCGCACAGGCAACAUACACAGUAGGUUGUGGAACAGAACCGCGUGAAAAUGAUCCCACAGUCCCGUUAUCAGUAUGGAAAUCAACAGCAUACACAAUUCAUGCCAUAGAAUUUAUCCUACGCGACAUGGAUAAACCAUUAUUGGGUGCUUUAUCAUCUAGACAAAGGGAUAGUUUGGAAGGUCUUGCUAGAAUUUCGGCUAUUCUAGGAUCCGCGUGUACAACUAACAGCGGUACAAACUUGACAUGGGCAAACAAAGAUAAUAUUAGGAAUCAUGCUAUUUCCUAUUUAACGUUAUUAAUCAAGAAUCCACACGAUUCAGCAAGCAUUUUAGAUUGGGAUUCAUUUGGAAUACUCGUUCCUUUAAUCAAUUCAGUACCAACGCUUUUCAAUCAAAAUGAUACACCGCCACAAAUCAUUACAGGCGGAAUGUGUGACUUCUACGCGUUGCAACUUGUAUUCCUGUCUCUUAUAGUAAAAAUAUUAUUAACAUCAGACUUCAAUGAAGGAAUGGACACAGAGGGACAAGAAAUGACUGAGAGAUCUGCAGAAUCCAUACUCCUGCUGGUUCAAGCUUUAAACGUUAAUAUCGACACGCAGACAGUAUCUGAAAUAUGGCGAAGAGUCAAGGAAGCUUGUAUGCCUUUCCUUAGAUGUUGCGCUCUCUAUUUUCAUUAUGUGACCGAUGUUCCGGCUCCGGAGGAAUUAACUAAAGUAGAAGGAGCCACGUACGAAAACAUCUGUGCGUAUUUGGGUCUACCGACGACAUGUGAUGAAUUAGUGAAGCCAAAUUUAGAUGUAAUUAUGAAAUUGAUAAAUGUUUGGAAAAGUCAUCCCAUUGUUCAGAUGCAUUUGGCUGGUGCUAGUGCAAUCAUAGUAUAUAAAGAACCUUUGAAAGUUAACAAAUUGGUCGAGCUUCCAGAAGAUUAUAGUGAAUUGAUAAAUAUGACAUCGUCAUUCACAUGUUCCAACAGCGAACAAGAGCACUUGAAGAAUCCAACGAUGUGCCUGGUUUGUGGAGAAAUGUUAUGUUCUCAAAGUUACUGUUGCCAAAACGAACUGAACAAGAUGACGGUCGGUGCGUGUACAUAUCACACGAGUACGUGUGGUGCGGGAGUCGGAAUAUUUUUGCGGAUACGAAAAUGUGAAAUACUUUUCCUGAGAAGUCCGAUACGAGGAUCAUUCGCCUGUCCACCAUAUUUCGACGAGUACGGAGAAACGGAUCAAGGUCUACGAAGGGGAAAUCCACUUCGGCUGUGUCAUGAAAAGUACAGGCAGUUGAAUCAGUUGUGGCUGGGACAUGGACUAUACGAUUCCAUAUCAAGGGCUAUUGAAUCUUCAAAUAGUCUUAUGUUAAUACGAUGGCAGCGUCUAUAACCAUCUUAGGAUUUCCCUAUACAAUCUAGCCUGGACAUUUAGUUAAAAAUACUAAAUCUAUACUUAGCAUAAGCUAUUAUAGCGGCUAACACAUUAUGACUUUUAAUUAAACUGUUUGAUGAUCACGAUACAAAUUUGAUAAAAUUAUUUAUUUUAAGAAUACAGUGCGGAUGACUUUGUAUAUUUAAAACAAUUGGAUGUUAUUCCACGUUGCAACGUCAUCUUAGAUUAUUUCAGAGUUUACGGAAUUUUCUACUAUUAUUAUUAUUGUGUAAAUUAAAUAUAAAUUUCUUUAUAAUUAUUGACAAAAUGUUAUGCAAACUUUGUUGCUUAUAGAAAUUAAUUUUUAAUAUCACUCAACUCAUUGUCACAUUGUUUAAAGAAUUUUAGGAUUGUAUGAUUAACUAAAUCAAGUUAUAUGAAUUAAA